GGCAUCCGUGGUGAGGACCUUACGUUGUUUAUGUUGACAAACAAUAUCCCUAGAAACCUUGUCGAUAUAUUCUCCAUAAAUUAUGGUAGUUUUUAAAGAUGACUUUGUAAAAAAAACUUUUUUGACAAAGAGUAACGCAGUUUUCUGAUCAUUUUUCUAGCAGUCGGAUUUUCUCGAUGUGAUUUAACGUUAAAAGAUGGACUUAUUUUUGAAAUUAAUAAUGAUUAUGAGAAAUUCGAAGAUGAGUUUGGUUAUUCUGAGGAUGUACCAUUAACUAACGAGGAGGCAUUAAAUCUUUUAAAUAUGGAUGAUUUCGAAGAUGAAGAUAACAGUGAUGAUGAUAAUACAAACAAUAAAAUAACAAUUUGUGGUAUUAGUUUUGAAAAACUAAAAACUAAAAUGACUGACAUUUAUGGAGAUGGAAAAGUAAUGAAAUUAAUAAAACAAAAAGGUGUUGGGAAUUGUGUACCAUUUGAUGCACAAGUUACUAUUAAAUAUAUAGGACAUGUUGAACAUGUAGAUGAACCAUUUGACUCUAGUUUUGCUCGUGAAGGAGCAGAAACUUUUUGUCUCAAUGAAGGUGCAUUAAUACCUGGUUUAGAAAUUGGUAUUACAACAAUGCAGAAGCAUGAAAUAGCUAUAUUUAUUAUACAUCCGGAUUUAGCAUAUGGAAAAUAUGGUUGUGCUCCUCGAAUUCCUCCAAAUGAAGAAAUAUUAUUCGUUGUGCAUUUAGUUGAUUAUGUAGAUAAUGGAUCUGUUAAAGAAUUUCAAAGUUUAUCUUUAGAAGAAAGAAAACAAUUUGCAAAUGUUAUUAAGAGUGUACAAGGUAAAUUUAAUACUGCCAAAGAUUGCUUUAGUAAGCAGAAAAUUAAACAAGCAAUAAGAGAAUAUGGAAAAGCACUUCAAUGGUUAGAAGAAGCUGAACUGAAAAAUCAGGAAGAGGAAAAUGAAUUAAAUAAAUUACUUUCAAGAGGUUAUAAUAAUCUUGCAGUUUGUUACAAUAUUGAAAAUAUGCCACGUCGUGCUUGCACUGCAUGCAAUAGAGUUCCUAUACCUACAGCUAAAACCCAUUUCAAUCAUGGGCGGGCAUUAUUGAAAAUGGGAGAGUACUCUAAAGCAAUGGAAGUAUUGCAACUUGCUCUAAAAAUGGAAUCUGGAAAUAUGGACAUUAUUAAAGAAAUUAGACUUGCAAAUGAAAAACACAGAAAGUAUUUAGAAAUAGAAAAACAGCUUUGGAAAAAUUGCUUAAAAGUUAAAGAAAAGAAAAAAGAACAGUCUUCUUUUGAAAAAGCUGCGUAUGAGAUGUGCAAAAGUUUUUUUGAAGAUAAUCAUCUCUUGAGACAACCACUUCCUGAAUCUUUAACACCUGAGGAAGACAAAUGUAUACGCGAACAAGCCGCAGCUUUUAAUUUGGUUGUUACCACGCAUCAGAGAUAUGGUAGAGAAAUAACAUAUCUCAACAAAUCUAAUUAUUAAAAUCUAAGUGUUACUUUAGUUAGAAUAUGAUAUUGAUACCAAAAAAGUAGUAUUAUAUUUUUAUACUAUAAAG